AUGUUUAGUAUGCAACAACAAUGGGUUUUGGCGAUUGGUAGUGUCUUCGAUGAGGGUGGCGAACCUAAUGCCGAAGGCAUUACGGGAUGCUCCGUUGGGGCGGUCUUAGAGGUGAUGAGGUUGUCUAGAUCAUCAAGGGGUUCUUUCGACGAUGAAUUCCAGCUUGGCUCUAACAAGAGGGGUCAUUCCCAUUGGUGGAGGGAUAUUAGAAAGCUAUAUCAUCAGUCGGAUCCUAAUAUUUUCAAUCAGCAUUUGACCUGGAAGGUUGGGAGUGGGGAAAGAAUCAAAUUUUGGACAGAUAAGUGGCUAGGGACAGACUGCACUCUUGAGCAGAAAUAUAAUCAACUUUUUCGGAUUAGUAGACAGCAAAGUUCCCUCAUCUCUAGCAUGGGUAACUUUAAUAAUGAUAGCUGGGAGUGGGAUCUCAGGUGGAGGAGGAAUCUAUUUGAUCAUGAAAAUGAUAUAGCUGUGCAGUUUAUGGAGGAAAUAAGCUUCAUUCCUAUCGAGAGGCAUAGUAAGGAUUCUAUGGUGUGGCUAGCUGAACCCCACGGGCAUUACACUACUAAAUCAGCUUACAAGUUCUACACUAAACCCAGUACAUCAAACUCAGAUGGGAAGAUAUAUAGCAUAAUCUGGAAGUUGAAAAUUCCCCCUCGGGUAGCAGUUUUCUGUUGGAGACUCCUUAAAAACAGACUACCUACCAAGGACAAUCUCCUAAGAAGAAACAUUACUAUCCAGGAUCAAAACUGUCCUUUGUGUGGUAAUGCACAGGAGGAUGUGGGCCACCUAUUGUUCAACUGUAAUCUGACAAAAGGUUUGUGGUGGGAAUCCAUGAGAUGGAUCCGGGUAGUAGGCCCCCUUCCAAGUCACCCAAAGUGCCACUUUACUCAAUUCUGUGAAGGCUUUGGGAACCCUGUAUAUCAGGACAUAAGGGGUGGAUGGUGGAGUGCCUUGACUAGUUCUAUCUGGCACCAUAGAAACAACCUGAUUUUCCAAGGAAGACCUUUUGAUCCAUAUAAAGUUAUGGAUCAUGCUAUAUACCUAGUUUGGUCCUGGUUCAAGGCUAAAGAUAAAGAUUUCAAUAUUAGCUUAAAUCAUUGGUCUUCAAAUAUUUCGAAUUCCUUUGGAUAUUCUGCUGGGCUUUCUUAA